AUGAAACUGUUCUUGGUAGUUCUCGGAGUCACAGCAGCGCUGGCUGCUCCUCCAUUGCAGUAUGAGCCCAUAGUUACUGACUACCAUGGACAGAUUGGUAUGCCGGAGGCUGCCCGCAUCAAGGCCUAUGAAGAAGCCAUGGACUUCGACGGCUCCAGAAUUGUCGGUGGAAGCCAAGCAAGCCUUGGACAGUUCCCCUUCUUUGGUGGUUUACUUAUCAACAUGAGAGGUGGCGGUCAAUCGGUUUGCGGUUCCACUCUCAUCAGCAGCAACAGAGUGCUGACAGCUGCCCACUGCUGGCGAACAAGGCAGUUCCAAGGCCAAUCGCUCACUGUAGUGCUUGCAUCGAUGCGUCUCUUCUCUGGCGGAACUCGUAUCACCAGCAACCGCGUACAAAUGCACGGCUCAUACAAUAUGGACACUCUGAUAAAUGAUAUCGCCGUUAUUACUAUCCAGAACGUUGGUUUCAACAACAACAUCCGGAGCAUCAACCUGGCCUCAGGAAGCAAUCAGUUUGCUGGAUCAACAGCUACAGCUGUUGGCUUCGGAAGAACCGGUGACUCAAGCUCGGGAGGAAUUACGACCAACCAGGUACUAAGACACGUUAACCUGCCUGUGAUGACUAACCAGGAUUGUGCCCGUGUUUACGGCACCAGAACCGUCAUCGCCUCUACCAUUUGCACAGCCGGUUCCAACCGCAACAUUUGCAGCGGUGACUCCGGUGGUUCCCUAGUCCUCAACAAUGUUUUGAUCGGAGUGACGUCCUUCGGCGCCGCUGCUGGUUGCGAACGUGGUUUACCAUCUGGUUUCGCAAGAGUCAGCUCAUUCAACUCCUGGAUUCGUUCGCAAAUGUGA